UAGUUGACAAGGAUAAGGGCAAUGCGUUGAUCUACAAUCCAAUCAUUAUGGCAAGACUAAAUAGGAUAGACUUUGACGCCAUGUUUGCUGAAAGGCACAAGCUCAACCAUCUCAGGGUACAGUCACUGAGUGUGGAGCCUAAGUGGGUAGGAGCUCCUUUUGCAUCAAUGCUUAGGAGGCACCAAAUAGAAAAUUGUGACGCAAAUGAACGAGUCCUCCGUGUUGGACUUGUUCUAGCUUCAUCAAGUUCUAGUGUCAAACAAGUCAAACACUUAUCAAUUGUUCUUCAGCCCCUUGAUUUCAACCUCGAUGAAGAGACAUUAAUGAGAAUUGUUCCUUUCUGGAGAACGUCCCUCAGCGAUACAAAUACUCCAAGUCAAAAGUAUUACAUUGAUCAUUUUGAGAUCCAUCCUGUUAAGGUUGUGGCAAGCUUUCUUCCUGGGGAAUCUUAUGCCAGCUAUAGCUCCACGCAGGAGACACUAAGAUCUUUACUUCACAGUGUUAUAAAGAUUCCUACCAUAAAAAAUAUGACAGUAGAGCUCAAUGGCAUCCUUGUAACUCAUGCAUUGGUCACUUUCCGGGAGUUGUCAAUUAAAUGUGCCCAACAUUAUUCCUGGUACGCAAUGAGAGCAAUCUACAUUGCAAAGGGAAGUCCCUUGCUGCCACCAGCUUUUGCUUCUAUUUUUGAUGACUUAGCUUCAUCAUCUCUCGAUGUUUUCUUUGAUCCUUCUAGUGGGCUUCUUAAUCUUCCUGGACUCACUGUUGGUACUUUCAAACUCAUUAGUAAAUGUAUUGAUGGUAAAGGGUUUUCUGGAACAAAAAGAUACUUCGGUGAUCUAGGGAAAACUUUAAAGUCAGCAGGAUCAAAUAUCCUUUUUGCUGCUGUCACUGAAAUAUCAGACUCGGUUCUGAAAGGAGCAGAAGCUAGCGGGUUAAAUGGAAUGGUGUAUGGUUUUCAUCAAGGAAUACUUAAAUUGGCAAUGGAACCUACGCUACUGGGGAGUGCUUUCAUGGAAGGUGGCCCUGAUCGAAAAAUUAGGCUUGAUAGAAGUCCUGGGGUUGAUGAGCUUUACAUUGAAGGGUAUCUGCAGGCCAUGUUAGAUACAUUGUAUAAGCAAGAAUACCUGACAGUCAGAGUCAUUGACAACCAGGUUAUCCUCAAGAACCUACCACCAAGCAGUUCUCUUAUAGAGGAGAUUGUGGAACGCGUGAAGGGAUUUCUUGUGAGCAAAGCGUUGUUGAAAGGAGAUCCUUCAAUAGCUUCUCAUUCCUUGCGUCACAUUAGAGGGGAACGUGAAUGGAAACUAGUACCAACAGUGCUGACCUUGUUUGAACACCUUUUUGUGAGUUUUGCAAUUCGGGUGUUACGGAAGCAAGCUAGUAAAGUAGUUGGGAAAGUAAAUUGGAAGCAGAAAGUUGAAGCUGAUGAUCAAAAAGCCAUUGUACCCACAUCUGGGGGUGGUUACCAAAAGCUGAGCUUUGUCUGGAAAUGGGGAAUCGGAAAGUUUGUUUUGUCAGGGAUGCUAGCAUAUGUGGAUGGACGAUUAUGUCGCUAUAUUCCUAAUCCUAUAGCCAGAAGGAUUGUUAGUGGCUUCUUGUUAAGUUUUCUGGAGAGAAACGACGAAUAAUUAUCGUUUUCUUAAGCUUUCUCAUUAAAUAUAAAUGGCAAGUGCACUUUAUUCAGAGGCUUCCUUAUCAAAGGAUAAAGAUCACCCCCUCCCCUUUCAAUCAUAUGAUGAUAUUUGAUUGGCUAUAGAAUUUAAGAAAUAUUUUCGAUACAAAAGUUAAUUAUUUAUAAUAUCCCAAUAAUAUCUAGAGUUUUAAUGGUUUUCAAUGUGUAAUAUCAUCUUUAGGCGAACAAGUUGUAACAGUUAAACAUGAAGGGCAUAAUUGGAGGAGGAAUGCCCUUAGAUCAUGAA